AUGAAUCCCCCCACCAAGGAUGAAAUAGAUGCCGUCCUUUCCUCACUAAUUUUCAAAACAGAAAACAAGACCUGUUUUGAUUGUUCCUCAAGCAAUCCGACCUGGGCCAGUGUUACCUAUGGUGUCUUUGUUUGCAUUGAUUGCUCAGCUGUACAUCGAUCCUUAGGUGUUCAUUUGAGUUUUAUUAGAUCAACUCAGUUGGAUACCAGCUGGACGUGGGCUCAACUUCGAGCUAUGCAAGUUGGGGGAAAUGCCAAGGCGACUGCCUUUUUCCAACAGCAUGGCUGCAUGUUGAGUGAUAUUAAGCAAAAAUACAACAGUAGAGCUGCUCGAUUAUAUAAAACUAGAAUUGAAAAGUUAACCCAUGAAGCGAUGGUAACAUUAGGAACUCGGCUUUCUCUCGAUAUUGAAGAAAAAUCAGUUGUUUCAGAAAAGCAAGUCGAUUUCUUUGAGCAGCACACAAAGCCCAGCAAUGAGGAUUUUACCGGUAUGAAUUUAUCUACAUCUGUACGUUCUGAGGAUCCUCUUGUCGAUCUUGGUGACUCCAAGGCAAGUUCUAUGGCUGGUUUUACUCAGAACUCGACGUCAUUUGAUUCUGAUAAUCAAAAGGCGGUGACGAAGCCAAAGAAGGGUGGCCUCGGUGCAACAAAGCCAUUGAAGAAACGUGGGGGUGGUUUUGGUGGAGCCACUAAAGUAAAGGCCGAUUUUGGAGCAAUUGAAGCCGCUGCUGCAGAAGCUGAACGUCAACAGCAACAACAGCGUCUACAAAUGCAAAAAGCGGCAACUUCCGUUAGUAGCCAGCCCAAGCCUGAAGAUAUUUCCGUUGAAACUGAGGCCGAGAGAUUGGCUAUUGGACACUCGGCUAUAAGCGACCUGAAGACUAUUGAACGCGAAGAUUCAGGUGAAUUACGUGAAUCGAAAGGUAAAUUCGAUUCUGAUGAUCUCGCUUUCUCCCGGGAAUCAGAAAGACAAUUUGGUGACUGGAUCAAUCUUUCGCGUGGGGCUGCUGCUUCUAACAUUCCAUGUGAUAUUUCCGAUGGCUGGGGAGCGGACCCUUUCAAGACACGUGCUGCUGGCGGCGAUUCGAAAUCUAGCCACUCACGCUACCCUCCCACCAACAAUUUUGGUGAACCGAGAUCCAGUUCUGGAUAUUCAAGUUCUUCCGUUAAAGCCUCAGCUUCAACCUCAGAGCCUUCUUCAAUACCUGACGCGUUGAUGGAGAAGUUAAAAAAUGCCAAAUCGAUAUCCUCUGCAGAUUUCGACUUUGACAAUCAGGACUCUGAUUUUGACGCAUCACGAUUUGAAGGACGUACAGCCCUCUCGAGUGACGAGUACUUCGGUCGCCCACAACCUAAGUAUCAAACUGAUUACUCAUCUGAAUUAAGUAGCAUCAAGGAAGGCGUCCGAGAAGGUGUCACUAAAGUUGCUACCCGUCUUUCUGCUAUCGCAAACGACUUCAUGACUCAACUUCAGUGGGGUUACCAUGACAGAUCGCGUUUGUUUAAACGGCCAUACUUUGAUCGUUAA